AUGGCUACCGCAAAUCCCGAGUUUAUGGAGGCUCUGUCCGCAAUGAUUGCACAAGCCCUCCGCGCAUCGAUUGGAAGUGCCGUCGCCGCACACGCUCAACAGGUUCCGGUAGGAGACGCUGCUGCUCCAUCACCGAAAGCUCCUCCGUUCACAGUACAGGAGUACCGGUCAUCAGAAGGAACGACCGUCGCUGAUUAUUUCAACCGUUUCGAAUGGGCCCUACAGCUGAGUGGCAUCCCGGAAGCCCAACACGCAAAUUUUGCCCGUGUCCACAUGGGGGCUGACUUGAAUAACGCCCUGAAGUUUCUCAUCUCUCCCCGCGAUCCAGCAGAAGUUCCCUACGCAGAUCUACGCACGACACUUGUCAACCACUUCGACCGGAUACGGAAUAAGUUCGUCGAGAGCGUCAAAUUCAGGAGCAUCGUUCAGCAAAAGGGCGAAACCAUCGCACAGUUUGCCCUCCGGCUGAAGCAGGGUGCUGCCUACUGCGAAUACGACCAGUUUCUAGACAGAAUGCUCAUUGAACAGUUCCUGCAUGGGCUCGAAGCAAGAGACGUAUGCGACGAGAUCAUCGCAAAAAACCCGGAUACUUUCAACGCUGCGUACACCAUCGCGCACUCCUUGGAAGCGACCCGGAACACGACCCGAGAGAUCAAUACUAGCACACCACCGCCAGCGUACCCCGAAGCUACCAACAAACUUGGCUACGAGAAGCCGAGAACAAGGAAGUCGCCUCAAUCUCGUCAGCGAUUGCCACUCUUCCAACAACGAACGCAAGCUCACCCGAACAUUGCUGGUGAAUCCCGUCCCUGCAACGGCUGUGGCGGACAGCAUCUGAGAAAUCAAUGUCGGUUCCGCAACGUCUGGUGUAACGCCUGCGGCAAGAAAGGUCACAUAGCCAAAGUCUGCCGAUCCGAGAAAUCUCAGAAUUCUUCUACUGAUCUGGUGGAGUCCCAAGAAACGCCGACUUCCGAAGCCGACUUCGUGCAGUCCCUCCAUCAAGUGCUCAACGUCUCAUCCACCGGAAAGAAACUCAUCGAUGUCGAGAUCGAUGGCCGCCGCCUGCAAAUGGAGCUGGACACCGGAGCGCCGUGUGGAAUAAUAGGAGAAACACAGCUUCGAAUCAUCAAGCCGAAGUUUUCGCUGCUGUCAACGAAUCGGCAAUUCUCCAGUUACACUGGACAUCGCAUCCAGUGCCUUGGUCGUCUCCCUGUGCAAGUAUCCAUCGGAUCUACAUCGCGCAGACUAAACUUGUACGUCGUGGCCGGAAAAUCCGAUUCUCUUUUCGGGCGCGAAUGGAUUGUUCAUUUUGCUAAACAGAUCAAUUUGAACAGAAUGUUCUCUGCAGAUCAGUCCGUCAACUCACUCACGAGCACUGAACUUACUCCAGAUCAAGCAGCUCACUUGUCGCAGCUUUUGGACAACUUCGACAGUAUCUUCAGCGACAUCCCUGGAAAGCUCGAAGGACCACCUGCGAAAGUGCACCUGAAACCAGGGACAUCCCCGGUUUUCGCGAGGGCUAGAGACGUGCCUCUUGCGCUGCGUGAUCGGUAUGCAGCCGAGAUAGAUAAGAAACUAGCCUCCGGAUUCUACGAGAAAGUUGACUACUCCGAGUGGGCAUCGCCAACCCACAUCGUCAUGAAAAGGAACGGAAGUAUUCGGAUUACCGGUAACUAUAAACCGACCGUCAACCCAAGUAUGAUUAUCGAUGAACAUCCGAUACCGAAAAUCGAAACGAUCUUCAACAAAAUGAAAGGAGCCGCCUUGUUUUGCCACUUGGACGUAACGGACGCCUACACUCAUCUCCCAGUCGACGAUGAGUUCCGUCAUGUGCUCACUCUCAACACUUCAACGCACGGGCUCAUUCGUCCCUCAAGAGCCGUAUAUGGGGCUGCCAACAUCCCGGCAAUUUGGCAGCGACGCAUGGAAUCCAUUCUUCAAGGACUGGAUCACGUUGUCAGCUUCUACGACGACGUCAUCGUAUUCGCUAAGAACUUCGACGAGCUCCUGCUAGCUCUUACCGCAACGAUGGACAGGAUGAAACAAAAUGGUCUACGACUCAACCGUACGAAAUGCAUCUUCGCCACGUCAUCGCUCGAAUGCCUAGGUCAUCGGAUCGACCGCCACGGCUUGCACAAAUCGGAUAAGCACGUUGAAGCUAUACGUGACGCACCACGUUCGACCACUCCGGAGGAAUUACAGCUAUUCCUAGGUAAGGCAACCUACUAUAGUGCGUUCAUUCCCUAUCUUUCUUCAAGGGCUAGAAGUUUACGCGACAUGUUGCUAACCGAUCCAUUCGAAUGGACACCCGAAGCAGACAGGGCCUAUCAAGACUUAAAGCGGGUUCUGGUCUCACCCCAAGUGUUAAUGCAAUAUGACCCUUCUCUACCGCUAAUUCUAGCAACGGACGCAAGCAAAACUGGUCUUGGUGCCGUUCUCUCACACCGUUUGAGCAAUGGCAUGGAGCGACCGAUAGCAUACGCCAGUUGUACAAUGUCCGCCACCGAACAACGGUACCCACAAAUCGACAAAGAAGCUCUCGCCAUCGUUUGGGCGGUAAAGAAAUUCUUCCACUACCUAUACGCGCGUAAGUUCACGCUGAUUACGGAUCAUAAGCCGCUUACGCAAAUCCUCCAUCCAGAAAAAUCACUCCCUACGCUGUGUAUUAGUCGAAUGGCAAACUACGCCGAUUACCUGGCUCACUUCAAUUUCGACGUGGUCUACAAACCAACCAGUCAAAAUACGAAUGCCGACUACUGCUCCAGAAUCCCAAGCCAAACGGUACAAUCUGAUGUCAAUCGCUUGUCUCUCCACGAGGGAAGAAAUAACGAAGACGAGUUUGAACAGUUUUCCUUGCAUCAGAUUCAGCAACUGCCAGUGCGAGCGGAACACAUUGCACGUGAGUCACGAAAGGACACGAACCUUGGAAGGAUCAUUCAAGAACUGGAAUUGGGACGAAAUUUAAUGCAGCUGGGUUACAAGGCACCGGAAGCAAAAUACACCCUAGUUGCUAACUGUCUACUCUUUGAGCACCGUGUUGUCAUACCACCUACUCUUCGGCAAACGAUCUUGAACGACCUUCACGUGGGACACAUUGGAAUCGUCAAAAUGAAGGGAUUGGCACGUUCUUUCGUAUACUGGCCAGGGAUAGACGCCGACAUCGAAAACACGGCAAGAUCCUGUACGGAAUGUGCACAACAUGCAUCAGCACCACCGAAAUUCAACACACAUCAUUGGGAGUACCCGAACGGUCCAUGGGAGCGAAUACACGUCGACUACGCUGGCCCAGUGGCAGGUUCGAUGCUGCUAAUCGUCGUCGACGCAUAUAGCAAGUGGGUCGAAGUUAAAAUCACCAACUCAACUACAACUGCUGCCACGAUCAGUCUUCUCGAUGGAUUGUUUGCCGCCUACGGAGCACCAAUAACAGUUGUAUCGGACAACGGUCCUCAAUUUACUGCCGAGGAAUUCAAAUCGUUUCUCCAGCGUAGCGGAGUAAAGUACCACAAGCUCUCUGCGCCCUACCAUCCCGCAACAAACGGACAAGCCGAGCGCUACGUCCAGACUGUAAAAAAUGCACUUAAGUCGAUGGGAUCAACCAGCAAUACUCUGCAAGCCAACACCAACGAAUUCCUGCAGCAGUAUCGAAAAGUUCCUCAUUCCGAAACCGGAGAAUCACCAGCAAAGUUAUUUCUUGGUCGAAACAUCCGAACCCGGUUGGAUCUCGUCAGACCACAGGAUGUCAGCACGAAGAUAGCGGAAAAACAACGAGCAACGUUUGACUCGUCGUUUCGUUCCUUCACACCGGGACAACACGUCUACUGCCUGUCGGGAAAUCCUCGAAUGGACAAGUGGAUCCCAGGAAUUGUAUCUUCUCGUCAGGGAGAUCUCCACUACGACAUUGUUUACGAAGGAAAACAUCUAAAACGUCAUGUUGAUCAAAUUCGACGUUUCCACGACAACGAGUGCAGCCAGCAGUGCACCCAGUCUCCAAGUGAAUCAAGCUCGAAUAGAACCCUACAAUUUCCACCGAAUGGAACAGGUGAGGCAUCUCGUCGUACACAUUUUUAUCGAGAUAUCGUGACGUCACCGCAAUUCGACCGAGAAUCAAGUUCAUCGUCAGAAUCGUCGUCUGAGGGAUCCGACACACCAAAUGGACGGUUCUUAACACCGAAUAGCAGUCCAGGCCGGUCAAUCGAAGGCUCACCACCAGUAUUGCGUCGUUCGGAAAGACAAAGUCGUCCACCGCGUCGAUAUUCUCCAUAG